AUGUCAAUUGAUGUGCGUCAUGCAACAUUCGGAGCAAUAACAGCGAUCCUCCUCAUCGGAACACUCUACUCUGUCACAUACGAUACCUACCUCGACACCUCCGAUCCCCUCCUCACCCACCUCCCCCAUCAUCUACAUACGACCCACUACUUUGCAAACAAAGCCAAUCCUCUCAACUUAUACUUCAUCAAACGUGCAUGGGGUUGGACUUCAGCCGCCUUCCUCACCCUCUGGCUUACCAGCCCACCGCACAAGCGCACCGUACACAGACUAGUCAAGUGGGGAACAGAAACAGCCCUAUGGCUCGUGUUCACAAGCUGGUUCUUCGGCCCUGCACUCCUCGAAAGGCUGACAGUAGCAUCGGGGGGCGAGUGCAUGGCCACCCUCGACUCUGGCGCGGUGACUGUCCCGUAUGAAUACUGUCUGACGCGGACGGCGAUAUCCGCACAGACCCAUCCGUUCUUGUUCAGUGCGUCUUCGUGGGUGCCUGAUGAUAGGUUACCCGUGCUCCCCCGCCUGAGGAAGGGACAUGAUGUUUCGGGUCACGUCUUCCUCCUUACCAUGUCCGCCCUGUUCUUGGCAGACCAGCUUAGAAUGUCGCUGUGCGCGAGGAAAUGGUCGUUUACACAUGCCGUUGCGGUCGUGUUCAAUGUCGGGAUCGUUGCGAUUUGGUUGUUUGCAAUCUACACCACUAGCUUGUACUUCCAUUCGCCAUUUGAGAAGUUCACUGGCUAUCUGUUGGGAGUCGCGGGUUAUAUGGUGACUUUGCUGUUGUAG